AUGCCUGAUCUGAAUUCUGUGCCCGCCUCGCCUCGCCCACCAGCAUCGUCGUCACGUCGCCAGUCCGCCAACCUUCAGAUGGCUUCCGCUGCCGCCGCGGCACCAGCCGCAAGCUCCUCGCCAGGAAACCUGACGCCGUCCUCGUCGCUGAACAUUCUUCCCUCCAAUCAGAGCGCCGUGAAUCAGCAGGGAGGCACAGCCGUCUCGUCUCUCCCCUCACCUCAGCUUCCUUCUGCACAGCUCGCCCAGCAGCCAGAUGCCAUGAGCGGUCCCGGGCCUCUGCGCCAUCCUCGUCCCAUGACUACUUCUGAGCUUCACAUGGAGCUCGAGAAAGAACAAGAAAAUCUGGUCAACCGCCUCACCCGCGAACUGUCCAUCCUACGAGCCUCUAACAACGCAUCUGUAGCAUCUAAUGCGUCCUCGGCCUCGGCGGCCACUAGUCAUGACCCUAUCACCGAGACAUCGCUGCUUUCCGGCUCAGGCUUCUCCAUACCCACAACCAGGCGCCACCAUCGCACGUCGUCGACCGCCAGUCAGAGCCACCAGCUGGCCUCUUCCUUUGAUGGUCGCGGCACGCACUUUCCCCGACCCCCGGCGCCGGUACCCCUUUCGAGGCAAGAUAGUAGCACCUCGCGAUCCAGCCAGGCCGCCCCGGGCGGCGGUGUGCAUCUGACCAGCGCCAACGCCGCGGCCGCACCUGGCACGGGGGCCGGCUUGGAUCCCUCGAGCUACUUUCACAAUCAGCGCGUGCCGCACCAUGCCUCGUCCACCUCGGUAGCGGCGACGCCGGGCAGUAGCUUCGGCGGCGAUCACAUGAGCCCAGCGCUCAUGCCCGCGACUGCGCGCUACGAGGAGACGGCUUUUUACCGCAGUGAGCUCGAGACAGCCAAGAAGGAGAAUGAGAUGCUCAAAAAGCGCGUGCGCGAGCUGGAGAAGAUGGUGCGCGAGCGCAGAGAGAGCGGCGCCAGCCGGCAUGUGCGCAGUGAGAGCGUGAGCACCACCGCAAGCGCGAGCGUCGUGCCUAUGGGCGGCUCCGGCAUCGCGGGCCCGCGUGACAAGGGCCGUUCCAGCGCCAGACAGAGCGUCAUGAGCGUCGCCGUGGGUGUCCCAGAAGACGAGGUCAAGGUGGGUGAGAGCGCUGCCAGCUACGCCUCCCGCAACGAAGGUGAAUAA